GGGUGAGCCAGUAUGCAACCGGCUGCCAAACCUCUACCACCAUGUAUGUGAGCUACCUUCUGGAGAAGGACAUUGCCAUGUACCCUGGAUCUAUGCGUGGCCACCCUGGGCUCCAAAACUACCCCACUGCCCCCCAGUACCCUGACUAUGGGGGGUACCAUGCAGUGAGUCUGGACUCUGCAGCGCCUUCUUCAGGAUUAUCAGCCUGGAUCAGCCCCUAUGGGGCGCCAAGGGAGGACUGGAGCCAUUCAGCUUACUCCUCUGGGCACACUUCCAUUAACCCUUCUCCAGGGGGGAGUCUGGGUUACAGCCCUGCUUCUGACUAUCCUCCUGGGCAGGGGCAAGGACCUACCUGUGUUGGGCUUUUGCCAGGAGGGCAUCAGCCUCCCCUCUCUCCAGAGGCGGCAGAAGGACAUAGGAGGCAUCACUAUGAGUGGAUGAGAAAGCCAGCCACCCAAGGAAACACUGGCUCAAAAACCAGGACGAAGGACAAGUACCGCGUGGUGUACACCGACCACCAGAGGCUGGAGCUGGAGAAGGAGUUUCACUACAGCCGGUUUAUAACGAUAAGGAGGAAGGCAGAGCUGGCUGUCAAUCUGGGGCUCUCUGAACGGCAGGUGAAGAUCUGGUUCCAGAACAGAAGAGCGAAGGAGCGGAAGGUCAACAAGAAGAGGAUUCAGCUGAGUCAGACUGGCCAGGAAGGACCAGAUGGACUUAGUCCAGUGACUCCUAUUAGCCAUAUGAUGCCUUUGUCCAGUAGCAGUGUAGGUCCCUUGCCAAAUCCUAUCACACACUGAUAAUUGGCCACCCUUAUCUAUGACUAUAAUCCAUAAAUGAAAGGAGGUCAGGUUAAACCUGGGAUCUAGGCCACUGAUUGCCUGGGCAUACUGGAAAUGAAGGAAAUGGUGGACACACUGUGGAAUGCCAGGGUCAUAGAAGUCCACUGGAUGGAAGAGAAGACGCUCUGACCAGGCUCUUGUCGAUCCACAGCUGUUGACGCCAGGACUUGCACUUUAUUCCACUCAACUGGAGGUGACAUCAUGAGAUAAAAAGGGUUUUUCUCAAGCCUUUAUAACUUUUGUUCGUAUUUUUUUUUUUACAACGAUGUCAAAGACAGAGUUUCAAAUGAUUGUUAA